UCUUUUUAACAACCAAAAAGACCUUUCCCCCCAUACAUCCUCAUCCAUAAAAAGAUAUAUAACUUCUGCUUCUUUUGAUGUGCAGAAAAAGCAUCCUGUGCAUAUGAGUGGGUUUCAGAGCAUCUAAGUACACCUGCAUGAGGUGCCUCAGGAGUCAGAGUAGCAGUAGCCAACAUUAUUUGUUAAUAACAUCAUAUUUGAAGAUUUUCUUUAUGUCUAGAUGAAACCUGAGGGUGAUCACCACCAUUUGCUUGAGUGAUUAUGAUGCUGAUUUAAUGAGGAAACAGGGAAGUGCGUGCAAAAGAAAUGAAGACAACAGCCCAUGUGUUUAGUGCUCCACUCCAAAAUACCAAAUCUCACUAUGGAUGAUGCUUGAGAAGGACUCUGAUGUGACACUACUGAACACAUUUAUGGGCUUUUUUUAUAUACAUGGAGGAAAACAUGAAGGAAAUGUUGCAAAUUCAAGAUAUUUUAAAUAAAGAAGUCAAAAGGGGGCUGAUUCAUCUAUUCCAAACAUACAGUUUUAUGCUGCUUAGAGUCCCUGCUUCCAUGCAAGGUGGGGUCUUCUCUCUGUAGGAGGCAGUGGUGUCUAUGCACAGUUUCAGCAUAUCCAUAUUCAGGUUAAACUAAAAUAAACUUCUUUGUGCAGGCUUUACUUUGCAACAGUUUUGUAUUUUGCUCACAUUAUGCCAUAAAACUUAUGCAACAGAGACUAAUGAAUUUGGGGGGGGGGGUUGUUUUGGGGUUUUUUUCUCAUGUAGAAAUGGAUGCACUGACUGCAAUUAUUUUCCUGGCUGCUUUGCUACACCAAUCUGAUGGACAGGGCUUUCCAUAUAAAAAAGUGAAUGUUUUCUCCUUUCCUCAUUCUAAGUCUCAAAAUGAAAAACAAAUCCUUGAGAUGCACAAUGAAAUACGGAGAUCUGUAAUUCCCACAGCCAGGAACAUGCUGAAGAUGGUGUGGAGUGAUAAAGCUGCCAAAAAUGCUCAGAAAUGGGCAAGUCAGUGUGGCAUGAAAAUCAGUCCAAGAGACAAGAGAGUUAUUAAUGGUGUCACCUGUGGUGAGAAUGUGCUGCUGUCAUCCCACCCAAGAACAUGGGCUGAUGCAAUUCAAGUGUGGUACAGUCAGUCCUCCAAUUUCAAGUAUGGCUAUGGAGCAACCUCGAAAAAUAUCAAUGUUGAGAGCUACACUCAGCUAAUCUGGUACAACAGUUACAAGGUGGGAUGUGGAGUUUCUUACUGUCCCACAGGCUUGUACAAGUACUUUUACGUUUGCCAGUACUGCCCUGCAGGAAAUAACCCGAUGCAAAUAGCUAUGCCUUACAGAAGUGGACCAAAAUGUGCUGACUGUCCUGGCCACUGUGACAGAGGACUUUGCACCAACCCUUGCAAGUAUCAAGAUCUACUUGGAAACUGCAAAAAUCUGAAAAUGUUGUUUGGCUGUAGUCACUCCCUGGUGAAGAAGAAGUGUCCUGCAAGCUGCAAAUGCACCACUCAAAUCGUCUAAAGUCCUGCUGGGUGUGAUUCCAGCUGCUGUGAGACCAUCAGGAAGGAGCAGAACCCACUCUAAAGUGAAUCCACUCUCAAUGCAUCUGCCCACUUUGACCUAUAGGUAACAAUUUUAUAUGAAAUAUGGCCAUUACUUUGUACUUAAAUUAGACUAGUAGCUCAAAAUAACCUCUGAUGUUAUUUUAGGUUUUGUAGAAAUCAUGUUUAAGCUACUAAUGUGUUAUUUUGUGUCUUGCAGUGGAUCUGCCACUGGUUUGUUUCUUUUUAAUGGGAAACCCACUUUUAAAACACUUUAGGUUAUUUUGCACAAUUUGUUAAGUAACACUAUAUUUUCUCCUGUUAACUUUUUUGUUGAUUGUCAAUGCCUUCCUGCUAAA